AUGCAUGUUUCUUCAUAAACCGAAUCUAAAGAAUGAAUAAGUUGGGCUGCAGGUGUAUUCACAGAAUCAAUAACUUGUUACGGGGAGGACUGGCUGCUGAAAAACCAGUAAACUGUCCCUGCUUGGAAAAAAAAAAAAAAAAAAAAAAAAAAAAAAGUUUGUGAAAGUGGCCUGACGUCACACUCCCACAAUGCUUACCGCCCCAUAACUCCGCUGCAGCCUGAGGGGAGCCAGACUCACUCUCAGGCCCCGAAUAUUGAAAAAUUAUUGAAAAAAAUCGGAAAAAAUAAGCAAACAACAGAUCGAGGGGAGAAAAGAGCGGGGAGCGGUGGCGUGGGCUCUCCCACGGUGGGUGUCUGGUCCGGUCCGAGAUGGAAGGUUACCGGGGCUCCAUGUGAGAUUGACUAAUGCGGUGCUGGAAACUUUUUGGACAGUAAAAAUGCAGAGCAGUGUUUCCCACUCACCGCCAACCAUAGCUGUUGGGACUGGGUGAGGAGGAGAGAACAAGAGAUUGAAGUAGAGGAGCGACUAAAGUACAGAGAGAAGGCAAGUGCAGAGACAAAAGAAGGACAAGUUCAACAGAUUUUGUAUCGAUGUUUCCGCUGGAUCGUUGGCCCUUCCUGUGAGCUCUUGAGUGCCUUCUUUUUCGACAGCCCUUCCCUACCCAAAACUUCCCACGUUGAGCCUGCAAGGCAGGGGAGCCACAAGUGAGUUUUCAUGGCAGCGGCACUCUAGGGCUGCCAUGGCAGCUGCUGCCGCCGAUGCCUCACAACGUAUUACCGCACUGACGCCGGAGGAAGAGGGACGACGGACUGCCGCCAAGCUGUUUGGGAGCGCAGCCCCGCUGCCACGGACAGAGAGAGAGAGAGAGCGAGAGAGGGGGAAAGAGAGAGAGAGGGAGAGGGAAGAAGGAGAAGAGGUAGGGAAAGCGAGUGGGAACGAGUGUUUGGUGUGCGGGGCCCUGUUUGCCUCACAGGAGAAGCUCCGGCUCCACGCCUUGAGUCACACAGGAGAGAAACCCUUCCACUGCUCACAGCCACACUGUCCUAAGGCCUUCAGCUCCAAAUACAAGCUCUUCAGGCAUAUGGCCACACACUCUCCACAGAAGACCCAUCAGUGCUCGUAUUGUGAGAAAAUGUUCCACCGCAAAGACCACCUAAAGAACCACCUGCAGACCCAUGACCCCAACAAGGAGGCCUUCAAGUGUGAGGAGUGUGGGAAGCACUACAACACAAAGCUGGGAUAUAAGCGCCAUGUGGCCAUGCACUCUGCCACAGCAGGAGAUCUCACCUGUAAAGUGUGCAUGCAGAGCUACGAGAGCACUCCCGUGCUCUUGGAGCACCUCAAGAGCCACUCUGGGAAGUCUUCUGGUGGCGCCAAGGAGAAAAAACACCCGUGCGACCACUGUGACCGUCGUUUCUACACGCGGAAGGAUGUGAGACGGCACAUGGUGGUCCACACGGGUCGAAAGGACUUCCUGUGCCAGUAUUGUGCCCAGCGCUUCGGCAGGAAGGACCAUCUGACACGCCACGUGAAGAAGAGCCACUCACAGGAGCUACUGAAGAUCAAGACGGAGCCUCCUGAUAUGUUAGGUCUUUUAGCAUCUGGGUCACCACCUUGCUCUGUGAAGGAGGAGCUCAGCCCCAUGAUGUGCGGCAUGGGUCCCAAUAAAGACCCCAUGAUGGGCAAACCGUUCCCAAGUGGGGCCCCUUUUCCGAUGGGCAUGUACAACCCCCACCAUCUCCAGGCCAUGUCUAAUUCUGGGGUGGGUCACCCACACCCGUCCCUGAUGCCCAGUCCCUUGUCUGCAGCUAUGGGCAUGGGCUGUCACAUGGAAUCCCCUGGACCUCUUCACCCACACUCCCAUCACCACCACCAUCAUCACCACCAUCACCACCACCACCAUUCCCCUCCGCUGCCCCCACACCACCAGCCUCCGGCUCCCCAGCAGCAGCACCAGCCCCAGCCAGCCCCCAAAUACCAGCUGGGAUCUACCUCAUACCUGCUGGACAAGCCCUUGAAAGUGGAGAUGGAGAGCUUCCUCAUGGAUCUGCAGAGUGGCUCGCCAGGCCCGGUUCCCUCUGCAGAGCCACAUGCUGCUGCCUCACCCCCCAAGGACGGACUGGAGCCCACCUCGGGCCUGGUGGAUGAGCUUUGUGGGGAUCACCUCCUGUCCAAGAGCCCUGCGGUGAUCGCUGAGUCUCUGUGUGCUGCUAACAUGGACUUCUCCCACCUGCUGGGGUUCCUGCCCCUCAACCUGCCUCCCUACAGUGCCCCUAUGAGCACGGGAGGGCUGGUGAUGGGUUACACCUCAUCCGCGACCCCCUCCUCUUCUUCUUCCUCUUCUUCCUCAUCUCUGCACGCUGCCGAGCCCCAUGCUGCAGCAGUCGCCGCGGCAGCAGCUGCCGUCGCUACGGCACCUCUUACCUCUUUGCAACCGCAACCUCAGGAGCAGCAGAGCUCCAGCGGGGGUCUGGGCCUCGGACCCCUGCACCCCCUCCCACCAGUGUUCAGCUCCAGCCUUAGUACCACCACGCUGCCUCGCUUCCACCAGGCCUUCCAGUGAGAGAGCUAGCCUUCUGCCCAGCCCAGCCCCACCCAGCCAAGAUGGUCCCCAUACCAGCCUCAGUGUGGAUAUUUGGGGUUGUGGCUCUUGAAACGGCCUGGUGAUGAAGUUGGAGAAUUAGAAUAAGUAAAUACACGAAAAUGAACACUUAGAAGCCUUAAAUGAAAGUGCACAAAAGCUUUUGAUUGAGCCUUACAAGGAAGUUAAACUCCUUUAAACAAAAAGGAAAAGGUGAGAAAAGAAGCUGAAGCAGCUUUUAUUUGGGCUUUUUCCCCCCUUAUCCUAUAGUUAUAACAAUGUAUUAACCCAUCCUUUUUAUUUCCAUUUACUUUCCCUUUUUAUCCCCCUUCCAUCCCCUAUUUAGUAGUAUAGAGGGCAGGAUCAGUAGGCCAAAAGGCGUGGUACUGCAUACUUUAAGUAAUAAUAUAAAAAAAAAAAUCAAAGAUAAUUUUUAGUGAAAAUUAUCUGUCUUGUUGUGACCCAGAAAAAAAAUAGUUUGAAGUGGAUAUUUUGUUUUACUUUAUUUUUCUUUUCCAUAUGUAAAAACAUGGUAGAAUGUGUCUCAUCUUGAGUUUUGAACCACCCACUCUAAUAACCUAAACGUCAUGAUCAGUACAGAGAGUCUUUCCUCUCUCUCUCCCAGUGAAGGAAUGAAGAGAUACAGACAUUGAGUCGAACGAUUGAAACCUUAACUCUAAAAUUCUCCUCUAGGUGAUUAGACGAGAGCCACAAAAGCCCCCUCUGCGUCUGAAAAAGUGCUCUUUAAACAAGGAAAAAAUUAGAUGGAUGUCCCCGUUAUUUUCUUUUAACUGUAACUGAUGUGCUCCUAGAGUCAGGUCAGUUUGAAUGAAAAUAGCUCACUAAAUGAAAAUAGACUCUUAUCAUGUGAUUGAUAAGAAACCUGUUUGCUUCCAGACACACACGGCUACGCAUUUUUAAAGAAAAGGAGGAAAAAAGAAAAAUGAGUGAAAGUGUGUGGAAAUGAUGUCAUAUCACGAUGGCUUUUUAACUGUUCCCCCAAGAGAAGCACUUUUUUUUGAAGGCACUUGACCUUCAGGAAUCUCCUCGGGAAACCUUUUUGUCUCCUUUCUUCGUGACUCCUAGAGGUUUCCACUGCUUGAGACUUUCUCCUCACUCUCCUUCCUUCACCUGUCUCCCUUCUAACAGUUACCUUUAAAAGCCCCCAUCAUAAUCGCAUAAUGAGAAUUGCAGCUGCUUCUCGGCUGCGCAGCAUACCUAAAAUAUCUAUUUUUUUGGAACAAACACAUCUUUAGGCAGUCUUUAAAAAAAAGAUGCAUCAUCAUUGUGAUGAUGAACCCUGACAUAUGUGAAUGGCAAAAAAAAAAACAAAAGAACUUCAGUGACAGAUGAGUAAAAAUGUGUUGAAAGAAUGUUAUUGCAGUGUACGAAAUAUCUCAAAAAUGAAUAUUAUUAUUGCUUUUAUCUCAGUAAGGUGUAUUUUAGGUAGACGUAUUAAAACUAAGUGAUGAUGUUUUUGAUGUCUGGCAGGUUUACAUUUGUGUGUAUCUUGCAUUUUUUUUUUGAUCAAACAAAUGGAUGAAGUAUUAGCUUUUUCCCUUAAGCUUUCUCUGUCAUAUCCAAUCUUUACCUUUACAUGUACUUGAGUUAGUAUAGCGGAAUCAGAACUGUGGAUGGGAAGUAUCUAUAGAAGGCUGUUAGUGGCUUAAUAAUCAAUUAGGAUUUGAACUAGAUAGAUUGUUGGGAUGCUGACAUGGAUGGCCUACGAAGCUAUGACUGUAGGUCUUUAUCCAGUGGAAUACGUAAACCCCUGUGCUGUGGCGAAAUCCCAGCCGAUCUCACCACCAGCUCAGUGGAUGUCUCAGAGUUUAGAUCCUUUCUAACCAUUCACCACCAGCCUAUAAAAACAUGAGCCCAAAGUAAACCUAAGCUUCAAAGUGAAAUAGGUGCUCUUUAUCUAGCGCUGUCUGUGGCAUGACCAACACAUCUGGCAUAUCCGUGACUUCACACAGAGCUGAGCUCCUGCAUCAUCUGUGAUAGUUCAUUUUGUGCAGAAAUGUCAUUCCAGUCGUAGAAGAAGAAGACCCUUUCACUUUGCUGAUAGCAGUCGUCAUGCCACAGGCGGGCCCCGAUCACCAUUAAAUGUUGUGUAAAAAAAAAAAAAAACAAAGAAAAAAAACAGGAAAAACUUAGCACAUAGAAAUGAAACAUAAAAUACAUAUUG